UGCUCUUUCGAAUCUGCAAAACAUAAAGAUGAAAUCGUUUAAAUUUACUGGGCUAAUGGCACCGGUUUUUACCCCGUACACGAACGGGAAUGAAACAUUAAACAUACAAGCUAUUGAGCCGUAUGUGGAACUGCUGAAGGCGAAUCAUGUGAAAGGUGUGCUCGUAAAUGGGACCAGUGGCGAAGGAAUGCUUUUGACCGUCGCAGAACGUAUGCUAGUGACGGAGGCUUGGCAAAUCGCUUGCAAAAAGCAUGGAAUCAAUGUUAUGGUUCAGAUUGGAGGUGCACCAUACCCGGAUGUUGUACAGCUAGCGCAGCAUGCCUCCCAGCUCGAUGUGGAUGCGGUACUGUGCCUUCCGGAGCUUUAUUUUAAACCUAAAACAGUCGAAAAGCUUGUCUCCUAUCUGCAGAGUGUGGCGAAACAUUGCCCCACAAUACCUUUCUUCUACUAUCACAUUCCGAUGUUUACGGACGUUAAUGUUCACAUGCCUACGUUUCUGGACAGUGCAGAGAAGAAGAUCUGCAAUUUUCGAGGGAUCAAAUAUACGAGCGGAGAUCUUGAGCAGGGCAGCGCAUGUCUGAAAGAAGGACGUACCAUAUUUCUCGGUGCAGAUAGUAUACUGUGCGGUGCAGUAGCGGCCGGUUUCGACAGUUUUAUUAUGACGACGCUUAACAUCUGCCCAGAGAUUGCGUUCGAAAUUAUAUCCGACGUGAAUCGGGGAGCGGUACAUGAAGCUAGAGAGAAACAGCGGAAGUUAAAUGAACUUAUUGCCACAAUACUACAGCACGGCGACUGGGUAUCGGCCAUGAAGAAAGCAUUCCGAGAGGGGUUUCCUUCAAUCGAGGUUGGUCAUACGCGGCCGCCAUUAAACGUUUGAAAGUGUGAUUUAUU